UUUGUGUGAUGACGUGAGAUUUUGUCAAUGUAAAAAUAGUCCUUUGGCUGCGUAAAUUGUGAAACACUGACGUCGGUGAUAAGCGAACCCUGAGUGAGCCGAACAAAGAGUGAAAUGCCCAGCUCAUGAAUAUGUAUUAGCUCUCAAUGUUUCCGACUGAACUCCACUCGUCUGUAUAUUCCGCUAUGUUGUAGCAUGUCGGUAUUAUCCGCGAUCGUCGCUGCCAGGAUGGUGAAGCAGUAACACAAAACACUUUUUCAAGAAUGGCUGACAAAAAGGUAAACACUGUCACCCCAGUCAAAACUCUAACAAGGAAGGAGAAAGAAGUGCGAAAGAAAAAGGAGCAGGAAAAGGCUGCUGUUGUUUUUGAAGAAUUUUUAGCAUCAUUCGAGCCCAACCAAAAAAGUGGAGUGAAAACCUUUGUCCGCGGAGGCAUUGUGAAUCCAACAAAAGAUGAGGAAGCAGCGGAGGCCAACAAAAGUCGGCUUUAUCGACCUGCCUCAAAGUUUGUUCCCCUAUCAGACGAUGGCGGACCUGAGUCAUCAGAGAGCAGAAAAUCUGCUUUUAAAAGAAAGGCAGACGAAAAGAAGAAGAGUAACUUAGAGCUCUUCAAAGAGGAACUUAAGCUAAUUCAGGAAGAACGUGAGGAGAGACACAAAAGAAAGCAAAAUGAACCAGCUAGUGGAGGCGGAUCCGGACUCCUGGAAUCACCGUUGUUAGGACGGCCAGUGUGUUCCACAGUGUUUUAUGAUGACCCAACGAUACCGACCACCACCAAUCUAUACAUCAGCUGUAUCAGUCCAAAGAUGAAUGAGGAGAUACUUUGCAAAGAGUUUGGUAAGUACGGUCCUCUGGCCAGCGUGAAGAUAAUGUGGCCCCGCACAGAUGAAGAGCGCUGCAGGACUUCCAACAGAGCCUUCGUGGCUUUCAUGACACGGAAAGACGCAGAGCGAGCUUUGGCUGCGCUAGAUGGUAAAGUGAUUAUGGGCUUCGAAAUGAAGCUGGGAUGGGGCAGACCAGCUCGGAUUCCACCUCAGCCGCUCUACACUCCAGUUGGGGUGAGGGCAGCGCCGCCACCUCAGUCUGGGCUUCCUUUCAACGCUCAGCCAAGGGAUCGCUUUCGAAAUGACUUCACCAAACCCCUGGCCUUGUCCAAAGUAGAUCUUGACAAGACUCUGUCCGAAGCCGUAGUCAAAGUGGUUAUCCCGACCGAAAGAAAUUUAUUGUUCCUCAUCCAUCGAAUGAUAGAGUUUGUGGUGCGUGAAGGUCCUUUGUUUGAAGCCAUGAUAAUGAACAAAGAAAAAAACAACUCAGACUACAGGUUCCUUUUUGACAACAAGAGUCAAAAUCACGUUUACUAUCGCUGGAAACUAUUCUCCAUCCUGCAGGGAGAGUCCCUGACCAAAUGGAGGACCACAGAUUUCCGUAUGUUCCGAGGCGGCUCCCUUUGGAGGCCUCCCAUCCUCAACAGCUACUUGGACAGAGAUGAGGAAAAGGAUGAAGGGGAGGAGGUCGCGUCUCCGGAGGAGGAGGUGAAGAAGGGACAGCUCCGAGCCGAGCACAGACAGAGGCUGGAGGUGUUGCUUCAGGAGCUCACUCCCAGCAAAGGAGACAUCGCCGGCGCUAUGUUCUUUUGUCUUGAACGAGCCGACGCAGCGGAAGAAGUCGUGGGACACGUCACGGAAUCGUUUUCUUCGGCUCAGACUUCCCUACAGAAGAAGAUUGCCAGCUUAUAUCUAGUAUCAGAUAUUUUAUACAACUCCAGUGCCAAAGUAGCAGGGGCAUCAUAUUACCGGAAACAUUUUGAAUUGAAGCUGUCGCAGAUAUUUGGAGUGCUUCACGAAGCGUACAAAAACAUACAAGCCAGGCUGCAAGCUGAACAGUUUAAGCAAAAGGUCACGAGUUGUUUUCGAGCUUGGGAAGACUGGGCCAUAUACCCACAGCCUUAUCUUAUCCACCUCCAAAAUAUCUUCCUGGGCUUUGCCAAAGUUGGCCAAGAGUUGACAGAAGUGGCAGAUGAAGCUUCCUUCAAACUUGACGGCAUGCCGAUAGACAGCGCUCUCAUAGACGGGCUGCCUUUAAGCAAAGUGCCAGCGGAUGACCUGGACGGCUGCCCUAUCGGGUGGGACUCCCUGGACGGCGUUCCUGUCGAUGACCUAGACGGCGUUCCCUUGGGAAGUGCCAUGGACGACAUUGACGGAAUGCCACUGGAUGACAACAAGGUGGCCCUUCCCAGAGGGCCAUUGUCCAAGUGGGAGAAGCCGGCCGAUGACGAGACUUUGUCACAAGCCUUGCCCAAGUCCAAGUGGAGCGUUAAGUCAAGCAAGGACAAUGAAGUGAAUGUAAGUGUCAAGCCACUGGAUGGAGGCAACUCUGAGAGUGACAGCAGCGAUGACUUGAGCAGUUCUCCCAAACAUGACAGCGCACAUUUCCCGAGCUCACUCAGAGGUUUUCAAAUGUCUGAGAGCCAAAGAAAAAAGCUGAGAGAGCUGGAAUUAAAAGUUAUGAAAUUCCAAGAUGAGCUAGAAAGUGGCAAGAGGCAGAGGAAGUCCGGCAUGAGCAUCCAACAGCACGUGGAACAUUACAGGAACAAACUGCUGCAAAAGGAAUUUGAAAAGGAUGACGAGAAACCUGAAAGCUCAACAUCCAAAUCAAAAGAGAGGCCGACAGAGGAGAAAAAGGACAAAAAGAAGAGCAAAAAAAGUGAAAAUGGAGACAGGCAACGGAGUCGAGAUUCUGACAGGCGCAGCCGGAAAUCAAAUAGCAUUUCUCCUUUAAAGUGUCCCAGACAGUCCAAACGGUCCCGAUCUCCAUCUCCAGAGUGGAGAGGGCGGCGAUCUCGGUCCCGGUCACAGUCCCCACAUCGUUCACACAAGAAGACAAAAAAGAGUAAACAUUGACUCUGGCUGCCAGGCCUGCAACGGUAAGCAGGUGUCCACCACUCACAGCGCUCCGUCCGUCGUCUUGGUCCCAAACAACACCUCCCUCGUUCCCGCAAGAUUCUGCUCUCUUUUGUAUCAUAUUUGGACACUAAUUAUAUUUUUGUUUUACGUUUGUUUAUAAAAUAAUUUGAAAUGUGCGAUGCUCAAACAUUAAAAUGACUUUUAGUGAUUAUAUGAA